UGGUCACCUCCACUUUAAUGCAUGCAUUGCCAUACUACUUCAAACAAUCUUUUUUGAGUUUUGACUCGAAAUUCAACUUAUGGAGACAACCACAAAAAGUCAAACUGGUUAUAGAAGUUAACGCGUUAAAUGUCUGUUGAGUGGCGUGAGGGAGGGACAUUCCCAAGAUUGGAUUCCUGAGUUCGUUCAGUUGACCGAAAACUCUUCGCCGCUCUUCAUUUCUGUAAUCGGAGCUUCUCCGGGGAAAACAAGGAGGAGGCCUCAGCAGCCACUCACGCGGCGGCCACGCUGUUCGGAUUUUGAACAAAAAACUGGUCAGAAAAGUGAAACCAGUCGAUCAGGUUAGACUUCAGAUUGAAAGACAAACAAUUAUACAAAGUUAGGUGAUUUUCUUGUUCGUAGUGGUGGUGUUGUAAUCAUGGCACUGUCCUUAGUUGGAGGGGCGGCCAUAGGAGCGCUGUUCGGAGCCUUGUAUGAUGUCGUUAAGAUAUCGAUAGGCAAGACUGCUAUGCAGUAUAAACCCCUCCUCAGAGAUCUUAAAUUCACACUAGACUCUCUAAGGCCGCGGAUCAUCCAACAGAUAGGAGAACAUAACGUGGAAUUGGGUAUUUCGAACGAAGAUAUAGAGAGCCUGCAAAGACAAAUGGUGGAGGGUACAGAGCUCGUUAGGAUGUUAUCGAACCGUGGCACGUGGAGCUGCUACAUCCUGUGCAGCUGCUGCAACUGCAAUAAGCCGAGUUAUGCGGAACAACUUGUUGAAUUGGAUAGGUCUCUUAGAAUAUUGUUGGAGAUACUGAAGCUACAGGAAGCGCGGGAUGUGAAGGAGGUCUUGCUUUUGGCUAGGAAGAUCAACGACAAACAAGGUGAAUUGGAAAGGAGAAUGGCCGAUUUGCUCAAAGGGCAGCAAGAGUCGGGGGACGGGGGAGAGUCAUCGGGAAGUGGUGCAGAGACAACACCGAAUGAACAAAAUGGAGAGAAUGGUGGACAACAAGUGGCGCCGUCAGGUGGAGGAGUAGGGGCUGCUGCUCUAGGAGCGGCGUUUCGGGUGUUGUUUGACACUGUUAUGCAAGUGAAGGACAAGACUACCGUGCUUAAACGCCCCCUCGGAGAUCUCAAAUCAACACUAGACUCGGUAAAGCCGUUGAUAGAAGAGGUGGCAGAAUGUAGCAAGGUAUUGAAUCUCCCAAAUGAGGAAUUAGAAGAUGUUAGAAUACAAAUGGAGAAGGGUGCAGAGCUUGUGAGCAAUUGCUCAAAGAUUCGUCGCUGGACUACCUAUAAAAUGUAUGAGUAUACCAACAAACUUCUUGGAUUGGACGGAUCGCUUCAAAGAUUGUUAACUGUGCUAAGAGGGCAGUUAGCAAGGGAUGUGAGGGAGAGCUUGGUUUCCGUAAGCAAUAUAGAGGCGGUGAUCAAUCAAAUUGAAGGGAGUGGUGUGGUAAAAUUACAAAAUGAAGCUAAAGGUUCAUGUGAAACACCCGCAGCCAUGGCUAAGAGUGUAGUUGGAUUGAAUGCACUAAGUGUGGAGGGAACAAGGGACGUGACUGAGACAUUGGAUCCAGAAGUGAAUAUAAAGGUAGGGUGGCAGAAAGUUGAAGAGAGUUGGGUGGCACAAAGUAAAACUGAACAUCCAUCACGUACAGUUGGACAGGAUGCAAUGAACAUGCAGGUGGGAGCAAGGAGUAUGGAGGAGAUCUCUGUAAGUGAUGUAGAGCUGGGGCUCAAGCGAAUUCAGCCUAAAGAAGUAUCCAAACUUGAUGCGCCAUUUAGGGUAUUGGGGAAGGAUGUUCUUAAGGAUGAGGAAGAUGAGGAACUUGAUGAGCAAGUGGAAGAUCAUCAUGACAGGAAGAAGAAAGGAGCUGAGUCUGUGACAGGUGCAAGUGGAGACGGGAUGGUGAUUUGUAAAGCUGAUGGGUGUGCAGUCGAUCUGAGUGAUGCAAAGGCGUAUAAUAGAAGGCAUAGGGUGUGCGAACUUCAUUCGAAGGCUCCACUUGUGAUUGUGUCUGGUCUAAAGAGAAGGUUUUGCCAUAAAUGCAGCAGAUUUCAUGAUCUAUCAGAAUUUGAUGACACCAAACAAAGUUGUCGUAGGCAUUUUCCCUACAUUGAACACCAUGGUACAGCCACUCAGUUAAAGGACUUAAGUGGUGAUAUAGAUAGGGUGAUCAGUCAAACUGAAAGGAGUGGUGCGGUACAAUCACAAAACGACCAAAGUGAAAUUAAAGGUUCAUAUGAAGUGGUGGAAGCCACACCACCAGCAGUUGGAUUGAAUGUACCGAGUGUGCAGGGAACAAGGUAUUCAAAGGAAACAUUGCAGACCUCAGUGUGCAGGGAACAAGGGAUUCAUACAGAGCUAGGACUCAAGCAAAUUCAGGGGAAAGACGUGUUUGAUUCUGAACCUCCGUACGCUGAAUACAAGGAAACUGAAUACGUACCUCCAUCGGUUACAACUGGCAUGGAUGUGCUUUUGAGAGGAUUGAAGAGGUUUCUUCUUAAUGAUGAGGUGUCAGCGGUUGUGCUAACGGGUCCUGGGGGAAGCGGGAAAACCACAUUAGCAAAAUUCUUCUGUGAAGAUGAGGAAGUCAAAAAUAUAUUCAAGAACAACAUCUUCUUUGUUCAUGUUUCUGAAAAUCCUAACUUGAGCAUUAUGGUACAAACACUGUAUCAACAGAUGGGUUUCCAGAUACCUGCGUUGCAAGACGAAUCAAUUGCACUUCACUGGUUGCACCAAUUUCUCAUGAAAACAGCACUGCACCCAUCAAUGUUGGUCUUGGAUGAUGUUUGGCCUGGAUCGGAAUCCCUUCUUGAUAAGUUUGAUGAAUUCAAAACACCAAAUUACAAGAUUAUGGUGACAUCAAGGUAUGAAUUUCCGGCAUUUGGUUUUCCAUAUUAUCUGAAACCACUGAAUGCUGAAGAUGAGAUGACUCUUUCUCAUCAUUCCCGCGCACACAACAUCGAAUUACUGGAUGAUGAAGACCUGAUAUGUGUUUCUCCACCACCCAUCACAUUUGAUGAUGAAGGCCCGAUAACUCAUUUUCCUGAUUCAUCCGCGUCCUACUUGGGAGACGGAAGCUCUCAUGUUUCAACAGCUUUCAGGCCAAUGGACCAAUUUCAUGAUUCCUCCGCAUCAACCUUGGGAGAUAAAAGCUCGUAUGUUCCAAAAGAUGCAGGGACAAUGUUUGAGCCCGACAACCCCGUCAAGUCGACGCAGACAUAUAUGCAGCAGAAGUUGGAACUAAAGGUGAGUGCCAAUGACAAAGCAAUGAAGAAAGUCAUGAAAGCUGUCCACGCCAUAAAGGGGGUUCAUUCGACCAGUUGGGACGCGAAGAACCAAAGGCUAACAGUGAUGGGGCUGUUGGAUCCGGCGCUAAUAGCUACUAGGUUGAGAAAGAUCGCUUCGAAAACAGAGGUAAUAUCAGUUGGGCCAGCGAAGGAAGAGAUCAAAGAAGACAAGAAAGAGAAAUUUCUUACCAAGACCGAAAUAAAAGACGAUAAGAAAGCGAGAAAUCUCACUAUGAAAGAGAGAAUGGAAGACAAGAAGCAAGAAAAGAAAGAGCGAAGUCUUACCGCGAAAGAGAAAAUGGUGUAUUUUUGCACCAAGAAAAGAGAGGAGCGAAGUCGUACCAAGAAAAGGGAAGAUGAAAUUGAACAUGCACUCUGAAUAAUUAUAAUCAAAUUCCAUUGCUCCUAAGCAAAGGUCAGAAUUUGUAGCAUAUAAAGGAAGGUUAGCAGAUACUUACCAAUUAUCCAAAGCUGGAUAUUAAGGUCUUUAAGAUUACUCUCUUUUUGUAUGUGUAGCAUCUCCUUGGAAAAGGUUUCAACUUUAUUUUUUAUUUGUUAGAUGAUCAAUUGAUGUAUUUUAUGAAAGUUGAUCUGCAAUAUGUAAAGAUGAUUUCUUUGUUUAUGUAUACUGUUUAAUUAUUAUAUCAAUGGAAAUUGGUGCUGCCAUUGUGGCAGUAGAUGA